AACUAUUAAUUGUAUAUUCUAGUAACUGUGUCUGUGCGUCACCAGCAUUCUUUUCACUUCAAUGAAAAGAUGACAAAACUGUUUAGAUUUCGCGAAAUGUUCCUGGCUCCAUCGGUGACGACUUCCUUCAGAAAGAUGCUUACCAUCCAGGACUGGUGGGACUACUUGGAGUACAACUUCGUUAUCACGCUACGCGAAAGCAUGACCAUAAUGACCGCUGGCACAUCUGUGUGUCCAACUGCUAAUUUCACAGCUCAAUUAGCUAACAAUGACGACCGCCGUAGAAGGGUCAGACAGGGCAGAGCAGGCGAACAAUCUGAAGGCAAGUUCGAGAAAGACAACUCCGAUGGCACUGACAUGAAUUCGAGUCCCGUAGAUGUCGGCAGGGGGCAGGCUUGCGGCGCUGAAGACAUUAACAUCAGAGAGCCCGGACCGCACCGUGUGCUGCUGCACGAAAACCUCAUGCUCGGGCCUCCGCGCCUCCGCCAGGUACGCGUCCGCAAGGGGACCUGCCACAUGAACAAGGCCUUUGUCCAAUUCUUCAGCUCUUGCUACUCCGAGUUUACGAACGCGGUGGCGGACAACAGCAGACAGCACAAGGGCACGCCCUAUCGAACUAUGCGUGAACUGGACGCCACACCGAUCUGGACUCUUCUGAACGUGUAUGCUUGCGGUGGAUACUCCAUAGAUCUUACCUACGACAAAAAUGAGAAUCUUAAAGCGCUCAAUGAACUUAAGCAUGACCAUUGGCUCGAUCGAGGCUCGAGGCUGUGUUUGGUAGAGUUCAAUCUGCACAACGAGAAUAUGGGUAUAUUCCAGAGCGUCAAACUUAUAGCUGAGCUUCUUCCAACUGGGGGGGCCAUGCCGCGCUUACACUUUCAAACGGUUAAGAAAUAUUCCUUCUUCUCCGACCACAGUGUGACCAUGAUUGUUGUUCACAUAUUCUGGUACAUUAUGGUCUUCUACUACACCUUCGUUUUCAUCACACACUUGGGCCAGUCCACCUGCAAAGUCUACUUAAAUUCCGUGCUGCACCUUAUCGACGCCAGUGUCUUAUUGAUAUGUUACUUGGAUGUCAUUUACAACGUAUGGCACACUUUCGAGGUGAAGUCUAUAAUAUCCAAGGCCCAGGUGAGCCAAGGCUAUUUAAGUCUCGAUGUUCUCUGCCUGUGCAACACCAUCUACGGCAAGAUUAUGGCUGUUCUGGACUGCCUCGUUUGGAUCAAGAUAUUUAAGUUCAUCACAUUUAAUAAGUCACUGUUUCAGUUCACAGCUACAGUACAGAGGAGCUCAAGGGACUUGCCUGGCUUCAGUCUUAUAUUUGGCAUUGUGUGCAUGACGUAUGCCCAAGUGGGUCUCCUGCUUUUUGGGACUGAGCACCCAGAUUUCCGAAACCAUCUCACAUCCUUCUUCACCAUGAUACGUAUGAUACUGGGCGAUUUUCAGUACAAGCUCAUGGGACAAGCCAACCGGAUAUUGGGUCCCAUCUUCUUUGUAUCCUACAUUGUCAUUGUGGUUUUCAUAUUAUUGAACAUGGUAAUUGCUAUGCUCAUCGGAACCUAUAAGACGGUGAAAAGCGAUGAUGUUACCAGAGGACGUAGCAUUUUGGGAUCGUAUGUCUAUAAGAAACUGUCUGCAGCUCUUUACUGGAUCACCCACUGUGGUCAGAAGCGUCAACGUCAGCCCGAUAAUGCGGCUGAUAAGGAUUCGACACCCGCAGAAGGAGAGGCUGAGGUUUGGGGAGACAGCACUGCAGUAACAGAGGCACGCAUCAUCAUACCGGAGCAUCAUCCCGGAGUAGGAGAGAAGGAUUUAGAUCGUCUGAACAUUCGCUUGGAUCAACUCGAGAAAGUUUUAAAACAAAUUCUCAUCAACAUGGAAGACAUAUUGAAACGUAUUGAUGUAAACCGUCACAGAAGAACGAACCAAAAUAAUAGGGAAUCUUCGCCAUAGACACCUCGAAUAUAAGGGGUGCAGUAUAAUUAACCAUGUUUGAGGUGAUUGCUAGACAUCUUAGACCUUUAC